AUGACCGAAAGACCUCCUCACAAGCGCUCCAAAAGCGCCAGAGUGCUCAACCUCCUCCGUAGCGACAACCUCCCAAAAGAGAGCGGUUCAGACACUGAUCAGUCGCCGGUCACUACAACCACCUCCGCUACGGGGCCUUUCUCCGCCAACUCACCCUUGACUCCGGUCGAUGGUCCUAGAUUGAGUCCAUUGUCGCCCACUGUCACCAGAACUUCACAAUUGGUCAUGGACUCGAGUGAAUAUUCACGGGAAUCAGACACAUCGCAUCAAGUACAGGCAGUCCCCUCGGGCAUUUCCGCCGACCAGUCCACGUCGAUAGAAGAUUCCGUUCGCACCUUUCGUGUAUUUGAGGUGCUUCGUGGGAAGGACACUACGGCCAUCGCGAAGGCAAUUAAAGAAUCCAUACCCUCAUCUACAAACCCUUUCCCCAUCCCCGGCACCACGAUCCUCCACCUGGCUAUACAAUGCGCCGAACCGUCAGUGGUGGAACAGGUGCUGAGAGAAGGGAAGGGCCUUGAUGUGAAUGCGCAGGACAAAGAAGGAAACACAGCUCUGCAUCUCGCUGCACAGCUUGGUCGAACGCCUAUUGUACGAGACCUGCUUGAGGUGCCUGAUGUCAACGAUGCCAUCUCCAACAGACAGGGAAAGCUACCUAUUGAUCUAGCUCGAACACCAGAAAUCUUCCAACAGCUGCAGCUGGCCCGUUCGAUAUUCCUUGAUGAGAAGACUAAGGAGAUACACGCCGCUUUGGCGCACAACGACUACAAAAAGUUCGAAGCCAUCCUUGUCGAACCCCGAGUUGAAGCGACUCUCGAUGUUAAUGCGCUCGAGCUACCUACAGAGCCGGCUACUGUUCAGAGUGGAGGAACACUUCUCCACGAGGCUGCACGCAAAAAAGAUAUCCAGCUGGCACAGCUUUUACUGCUGCAUGGCGCAGACCCCUUCCGCAGGGAUCGCAAAGGAAGACUUCCACAACAUGUGACACAAGAUGACCGAACGAAAGCCAUCUUGAAAAAGUCCCCGGCGGCUGCAGCAGCACAGCGUGGUAUCCAGGAGAAGGCCAUUCUCGGAAACAACCCUUCUCAGUCCAGGGUAGGGGCAGGUCCCGGUGACACAAGUAAAGACGCGAGAGAAAUGAAAGGUUAUCUCAAAAAGUGGACCAACUAUACGAGCGGGUACAAGUUGCGUUGGUUCGUUCUCGAAGAAGGCGUCCUCAGCUACUACAAGCACCAGGAUGACGCGGGUUCGGCCUGUCGCGGUGCCAUCAACAUGCGCAUCGCGAAGCUUCACAUGGAUCCUCAGGACAAGACCAGGUUUGAGAUCCAUGGAAAGUCGUCGGUCAAGUACCAUUUGAAGGCCAAUCAUGUCGUGGAAGCCAAGCGCUGGUUUUGGGCACUCAAUAAUGCCAUUCAGUUCACCAAAGACGAGGCAAAGGAAGAGGAGAAACGGCGUACACUUGACCCCGAGAGCCUUCGCCAUGCUAGGGGCGAGCUAGAUCAACUCAGCGCAACGAGCAGCAAACCAAAGCAAUCUACUCAAUCACUCGGAGUGGGAGGCACGUCUUCCAAGAUCAGCUUUCGCUCCGAAGCCGAUGGCGGAUCAGCCUACGACUCAUAUGACGCGAGCCUUCAUGGCGACGAGCUUCAGAGAGUUCCUACUAGUGCUGUAACGGAUAUUCCUGGUGAAGAAGACGCGGAUGGCGACGACGCUAGCAGUCGCGAAGUCCACCACCCGGGAAGUAAAGAUGCCUUCAACAUCACUGCGCAAUCCGCCAAGCUACAGCUUGACCUCAUCGCCCGGGUCUCCGAUGCUUUGACCGCUCGCCAGUCCUCUGAUCCUGCCACGCCUUUGUCGGACCCAGAUGUAACUCAGGCGCUCCAAACCUAUCAAACAGCAGUGAACAGCUUGAACGGCCUGGUGGCAGAUCUGUUGAAGAUUUCCCGUGACAGGGACGCAUAUUGGCAAUAUCGUCUCGAUAGAGACGCAGAUGCUCGGCGAAUGUGGGAGGAAAGUAUGGCAAAGAUCGCUUACGAACACGAGGACCUCAAGAAAUCGAUCGCUGAAUCAGAGGACAAGCGUAAGCGGACGAAACGUGCCUUAAAGGAAGCCCUCGAGGGCCAAUCAGUACCAGCCAGUCGUCCGGCCUCUAUGCUUCAGCCAGAGUCGCCAGAGCGUAUCCAGUUCGCAGAAGCAGUCGAUGACCAAGUGCAUCUUCGACCAGAAGCCAAUAUUCAAGCAAGAUCACGGCGGAAGUCCGUCACUAGGGAUGGCAAUAGGAGAAAAUCCAUCAUUGCACAGUACACAAAUCUCUCGGAUUCAGAGUCCGGAGACGAUGAAGAGUUUUUCGACGCCAUCGACGAAGGCAAGGUCGAGGUUGUCGAGCCGCCACUUCUCAGCCCUCCACCCGUGCAGAUACCGACAAGUGAAGAACAGGAAAAAGAGCCGUUUGGGGAUGAACGGGCAUUGAAGCAAAUGGAAAUAGAGCCAUCAUAUGCAGGGUACGAACAGGGCAUCCGGAAGAGGCUGAAGAUGGACGCCGAUAAUAGGCCCAAGAUUUCCCUUUGGGGCAUUCUCAAGUCUAUGAUAGGCAAAGACAUGACCAAGAUGACUCUGCCGGUGUCCUUCAACGAGCCGACCUCGCUCUUACAACGCGUCGCGGAAGACAUGGAAUAUGCAGAUCUCCUCGACAUUGCAGCAGAUCGCCCCGAUGCCACCGAGCGCUUGGUCUACGUCGCUGCAUUCGCUGCGUCGGAAUAUGCCAGUACAAUCGGUCGUGUCGCGAAACCUUUCAAUCCUCUGUUAGGUGAGACAUACGAAUAUGUCCGUCCAGACAAAGGAUAUCGAUUCUUCAUCGAACAAGUGAGCCAUCAUCCUCCGAUCGGUGCAGCCUAUGCCGAGUCUGCGCGCUGGGACUAUUGGGGCGAAUCAGCCGUCAAAUCCAAAUUCUACGGCAGGUCGUUUGAUAUAAACCCUCUGGGUACUUGGUUCUUACGAUUACGCCCAUCUAAUGGCGGUCCUCCGGAACUGUAUACCUGGAAGAAAGUCACGAGUUCUGUGGUCGGCAUUAUCACUGGCAACCCUACCGUCGACAACUAUGGCACGAUGGAGAUCAAGAAUUGGACUAGCGGCGAAGUCUGCGUGCUCGAGUUCAAACAGCGAGGUUGGAAGGCUAGUUCGGCCUACCAAGUGUUUGGAAAAGUGAUGGGCGUAGAUGGGGUCACGAAAUGGAGCAUUGGCGGCCGGUGGAACGACAAGAUUUACGCCCGUGUUACAGAGGGAUUCGAGGAUGAAGCCGUUGGGGAAGGCAGAGUGCAUAGCUCUGGAAAGGGAAGCCAGGAUAAACAACAGGCCUUCUUGGUUUGGGAGGCACAUCAACGUCCGCAGGGCAUCCCAUUCAACUUGACCCCCUUCGUUGUGACAUUGAAUGACGUCAACGACACACUGCGCCCUCACCUUCCCCCAACCGACACCCGUCUUCGGCCCGACCAGCGCGCGAUGGAGGAUGGUGCGUAUGAUUUUGCCGCGACAGAGAAGAAUCGCGUGGAAGAGAAGCAGCGGGCUGCGCGUAGGAAACGAGAAGCAGCUGGCGAAGAGUGGAAGCCCAAGUGGUUCGAGAAGAAAGUCGAGCCCAUCACGGGAGAAAGUUAUUGGGAAACCAACGGACUGUAUUGGAAGAAGAGGGCUGAGAAAGAUUGGAAUGUCUGCGAUGAUAUCUUCUAG